UUAAAAGAAAAGAUUACUACAAAAGUAACAUCACUUUCAAAAUGGGUGCCAAACUAUUCGGGUUUGUGUUGUUUUGUUUGUGUGUUUCUGCUUCAACCAGCAACACAAUAGAAGAUGGCUUCCAACUCACGACCAGAGCUUUCACCGAAUACUUGAACACUGGUGUACGCCCUGGGUACUUCAGCUAUGCCUUGAGUCAGUGUCCCUUACCCAACAUACUCAGGGGUCACACCGAUGUAAAAGCGGCCAUCGGUGAUUCACAGGUAUGCUAUCUGUGCAGCCAGAUAGUGGACCUGUUCAUUUUAAAGAGGAGACUGGGGAUGACCGACGUGGAAAUGGCGAAGGAGGCGUCCGAUAUUUGCAUUACUUUGAAAAUAGAGAACGAAAGAGUUUGCGAUGGAAUCAUCAAUGCUAAUCUGGGCAUUUUCAUGUAUAUCAUCGACAACAACGCAGACCUAAAGAACACCUCAGUGUGUGGACUCAUAUUAACAAACUAUAACUGCGACAGUGGCAACGCCUACGAAUGGACUGUCGAGGUUCCUUCGGGGAAAACUGUCGACAAAGUAAAGGCCAAUGGCACCAACACGUUUAAUAUUCUCCAUAUUUCCGAUAUCCACUACGACCCGCUGUACACUCCUGGCAAAUCUAGUCAGUGUGGAGAGCCCCUUUGUUGCCAGGACGACCAACCCGACGGUACUGACGACAGCAACACUUGCGGAUACUGGUCUGAUUAUUCCGACGCGGAUACGCCGUUCCACACCAUGCAGGAGGCUCUGAGAGAAAGCGGUACCCAUGAAUUUGACUAUGUAUACUACACAGGCGACUUCGUGAGCCACAGGGUGUGGUCUACCAGUGUAGAAAAUAACACGAGGGAUAUUAUAGCAGUCACCGAUCAGUUCAAGGCAUACUACAAUGUCCCUGUGUAUCCAGUCUUGGGUAAUCAUGAGCCUCAUCCUCUGAAUGUUUGGUCUUCGGACGGUGUAGACGACGCUACCCUCUCAACCCAAUGGGUGUUCGACCUCGUGGCCGAACAGUGGGGGGAAUGGUUGACCGAAGACGCCAAAAAGACGUUAUUAAAAGGAGGUUACUACACGGUUUCACCAAGGAAAGGCUUCAGAAUUGUCGCUCUCAAUAGCAACGUGUGCUAUACAGUAAACUGGUGGCUAGUCAAUGACAGCGAGGACCCCCACGACCAACUAGCUUGGCUUGCUGAAGUGCUGCUGGACGCUGAGAAGAAUUCGGAGAGUGUUCACCUGUUAAUGCAUAUUCCAACUGGCAGCAGCGAGUGUUUAAGCAGUUGGAGUCGCGAAUUCCGCAAAAUACUUAGAAGGUUCUCCAACACAAUAACGGGCCACUUCAGCGGCCAUACUCACAGGGACCUGCUCUGGGUCUACUACGACGACGACGAACAAGCCGUUGGCGUGUCCUGGAACGGGGCUUCCGUAACACCGUUCAGCAACUCCAACCCCAGUUACAAGCUGUACCAGAUUGAUGGGGAGACAUUCGAUGUGCUAGAUUUUGAAGAAUGGACAUUUAAUCUCACUCUGGCCAACUUAAAUCCUACAAGGGACGUAGAUUGGUAUAAACUCUAUUCUUUCAAAGAAGCCUACGGGGUGGGUAGUAUGGAACCUAGCGAAGUCGACAAGCUGUUGACUAGAAUGGCCGAGGAUCAUAGUUUGAUUCAAAAAUAUUACAAUUAUAAAUUCCGCAACAGCGACGUAGCAGUAAAGAACGGCUGCAACACGUCCUGUCAAAAGAGUCUGCUAUGCGAUAUGGUGACGACGGUGCACGGCGAUACGGAAAAAUGCGAGGAGCUAAAAAAACUUUAUGAUGAAAGUACAAAGUAAUUACAUUUCAAAUUUUAGUCUAUUAAUAAAUGAAACGAUUCCACAGUA